UAAUUUUCUGAGUAGUAAUAAUGAUUAAUAAUACAUUAAUAAAAUCUUGAAAAUAUUUAAUUUAAAGCGUAAGGUAAACAUGAGCAAAGGGCAAAGGCAACGGGCAAACAGAAAACUUAGGACGCUCGCAUCGGCCAAUAAUCCUCCACAAUCGCAGUUAACGGAUGUCAUCUUCGAGACGUUCAACGCUCAUCAAUCUCAACAUCAGCCAGCAGAAUCAUCUAACGAGAAGAAACUUACAUUUUGGGAGAAGAAGAGGAAGGCGUUCGAAAAAUAUGGAGAAGCAGAUGUAGGGCCACAGGAAUCUUAUCGCUAUUUUUUACUGCACCGUCGACAACUCAACAAUGGCUCGAAGGAUGACAUGUGGGCGUCUAACUCGAAAGCAGCACAAAUAAGAGAGUCUAAAUUUCCGGAAAACUUGUUAGGGAAUUUCCCAGAACCUGUUUAUCCUCCCCUUUACUUAAAUGACAUGAAAAUAGUCAAUGAUGAUACAUCAUUCCAGUCAAUGAUGACACACUUAUGUAUGCAGACUCAAAUAAGCAUUGAUUUAGAAGGGAACGAUGACCACUCUUUUUUGGGGAUGACUGUCAUCAUACAAAUUGGGACAAAAGAUGUGGACUACAUUAUUGACGUGUUUCCUGUUGUGGAGUUGAUAAAGUCUUCGCUUAAAGAUUAUUUAGAAGAUACGAGCGCCGUCAAAUAUCUUUUUGGUGGAGAUAACGAUAUAAUUUGGCUCAAGAGGGAUUUCUUUAUCAACAUUGUAAAUGUCUUGGAUGUGCAGAUCCUGUUCCAGCUAGUCCUUCAAAAUUCUUUGUUUGACACCGUUACAAGAUCGGUACCAUUCGAAAAUAGAAAGAGAUGGUACCACAAUUACAUCGGAAGCAGAUCAAAGUUUACUACUGCUGAUGAGCAGCACCAAUGGGAAAAAGCUGCCGGAAGUCAACCAAUGACUUUUGAAAAAUUAUGCAACUUAUUUUACCCUGAAGUAGACAUCGAUAAGGAUGCACAAGUGGCGGACUUCAGGCCUAGAUCAGACCAUGACGUCGGGUACAAAAAGCUACUAAGAUAUGCAAGGGACGAUGUGCAUAUCCUUCUUAGAAUCGUCAUCAUCAUCAAAAGUCAUCUGGGAGGAGCAAUGGAAAGUUCAAUGUUGAACACCGCAUUUGACGCUACCAAGUCGAAACUAAACUCGAAGUACGCCAAGAGAGUCGAUCAAACAGGGCUUCAAUAUCUGAGCAGAAAGGAGGCAAUAUCCAUCAGUGGAGCUCAUCGUGACCUAUUUGCUACCGUUUAUGACUGGAGGAAUCACCACGCCUCCCUAAUUGAUGAGGCUCCACGAAGUAUGUUCACGGAAAUAAUGAUAAAAGGAUUAUUAGAAAACCCUCCAGCCAGCGCCCAGGAAAUUGAUGCUCGAGUCAGCGUGUCAAGGGGUCGUCUGGGAAAGCGCGUUCCAGAAUCGAUCGAGACUUGGAGGGACACACUUUUCAAGAUAAUCGUUCAAGGCCAGGCAUAUUAUGAUAAAAUCAUGCAAAUAAAAUGUCACAACUGUAGAGAAGUUAAGGGGCACGCGGCAUGGGGUUGUCCAGAUCCAUGGUCCACCCAAAGUACGAAAGAAAAUCUCAGAGAAGACGACGAAGCAAGAAGGAGACAGAACCACCGACGACAAAUCAACAAGCGUCGCAACGCUUCUGCCAAGACAGCCAAAAAUAACAAGUUAUGCCAUUAUCAUAUCCUAUUCGGCCUACACUACAACAUUUCAAUCUAUGUAUUAAUUAUUAUUAACGUAUUAAUUAUUAUUAUUACGCAUAAGUGAACAACGACCUAGGUCGUUAUUCACUUAUACUUGAAUUUUUUAUUAUUCAUUUUGAACAUUUAUUAAUUGCAAAUUAUAAUUAAUAAGUUUAUCUAUAAUAGAAUAUAAUAGAAUAUAUAUCUGAUAAA